AGGAACAAGCCGAGAGAGAGAACGGAGGGGAGGAGGAAAAGAAAAGACAGGAGCGCAGCGAGGAGGACGUGAACGCGCUGUGGAGAGGAGGGUAUGCCGAGAACAGCAGCCUGAACACGGGGAGCUGUGUGUUGCGGUCGUCCUCCGCCUCCAGUCUGAGCGGAAACGACAACACUGCCGGCAUAAGCCCUCGUGAUUGGAUGAGAAAGAGAACCACUGAUCAGUAUGGACGCGCGACAUCCUGGAGUUUCCCACAAUCCUUAGGUCUCCGAUCUGCAGCUGAGUCCACUGAUCCCUAAACCGUGACCAGCGCCGGUAUACGACUGACCUCCUGUCAGGUGACCCCGCCUCGUGCCACGAUGAUGUCGGUUGACGUGACAAACCGCAACGGCCCGGCCGCCACGCCUCCCAACUCGCUCAGCCUUCGCUCCUCGCACAACCAGCUGCUGAGCGGCGACGUCGUCCGGCAGGGCUCCGCCACGCCUCCCAAGUGUCGCAAAAAGUACGCGCUCACCAGCAUCCAGGCCGCGAUGGGCCUCGGGGAGGCGGCAGCGGUGGCGGCGGCGUCGUCUUCGUCCUCGCCAUCGUCUCCAUCGAUGUCCCCGACACACAGCAAUCCCAAGUUGGCCAAGAACGGAGCAAACCAGCUGCGCAAAGCUGGUCAGGAUCACAACAAAAACACGACGGACCUGGAGUCCGAGGCUACGGAGGAUGAGCUCAAUGUCAACGAGGCCGAGGAGGAUGGCGGUCAAGCUCUCACCAAUAACGACCGGGAGGAGGAUGAGGAGGAGGAUGAGGAGGUUGAGCUGCACUCAAACACUGACGAAGAGCUCGAGCAGAAAACUCAAUCAGACAUGGACUGUAACGUCAACGCGACCGUUGAGCUCAAUCUGAACAGCAACAGAACAACAGACUUCGACAUGAACAUCGAGGCGGAGGAGAGCGAUGACAUCAGCAUCCUGUCCGAGAAGGAGAUGAUGUCAAAGAUAAAGAUUGGGGAGGACGGAGAUGAGGCGGCGGAGGAGGAGGACGACGAGGAGAAGAAACCUCUGCUGUUGAUGCAAAGCGAGUCUCCCGUGCAGAAGCUUGACGUUCCUCCGGGCCUGGAACUCAUCUCCGACCUCCGCUCCAACUUUAAGCUCCUCAGAUCGGGCGGCAAGGACUCGCCCGUGCCCCCUCCUCCAUCGCCACCCAAGCACGCCAGCCCGGAAGACGCGCCACUGCUCUCCGUGGCCUCCCGCACCUCCUCCUGCUCCUCCUCCUCUUCCCCGGAGACGAAAAAGGACAGACGGACAGGGGCAAAGACGGACUGCGCUCUGAACCGUAUCCAGAAUCUGAACCCCAGCGACGAAGAGUUGAGCUGGACCACUCUGUCCGAGGAGAGCAACUCACCGGAGGAGACAGAUAUCUGGAGUGAGCAGUCAUUCCAGACCGACCCGGACCUGCCUCCAGGAUGGAAGAAGAUCACGGACAUGGCCGGCAUCUACUACUGGCACAUUCCUACCGGCACCACCCAGUGGGAGAGACCCGCCGCCCGCCCGCCACCCCCGGGACAGACCGAGUCCCAGGCCCCGGGCGAGCACACAGCCUCCACGCCACGCAAGCCCUCCCUGGGCUCACUCAGCCCCUCGCCCACUCCCGACCACGAGGCGUGCCAAGCGGAGAUCUUCUUCAGGGGCUCGACUCGCUCCGGAAGCACCACCUCAGACAGCUCAGUGGAGCCGCUCUCCAACCACGAGCCCGUCAUCGCCACGUGCGGGUUCGUCAACAGCUGCUACUUUCCUCGCUCCACAUCUCGAGAGGGGAUGCCCGAUCCAGAGUGUCGCUCUCUUCUCGAAGACGAGGAAAAGAAACAGCCGUGGAGAGAUUUUGGCGGAAAGAUUGAUAGUGAGAUGUGGAAGGACCUGCAGGCGGCCACGGUAAACCCCGACCCCAGUCUAAAGGAGUUUGAGGGCGCGACGCUUCGCUACGCAUCACUCAAGCUAAGGAACCGUCCAUCAGUGGAAGACGAGCAGUCCAGCAAUGCCAACAGAGACCCAGAGACAAAGUGUUUUGCCGUGCGCUCUCUGGGAUGGGUGGAGAUGGCGGAGGACGACUUGGCUCCCGGAAAGAGCAGCGUCGCCGUGAACAAUUGCAUCCGGCAGCUGUCGUAUUGCAAGAAUGACAUCCGAGACACCGUCGGCAUCUGGGGAGAGGGGAAGGACAUGUACCUGGUGCUGGAGAACAACAUGUUGAACCUGGUCGACCCCAUGGACCGCAGCGUGCUUCACGCUCAGCCAAUCGCAAGCAUCCGGGUCUGGGGUGUUGGCCGGGACAACGGCAGGGACUUUGCAUACGUGGCGCGGGACAAAAACACCAGGAUCCUGAAAUGUCAUGUGUUCCGCUGUGACACGCCAGCCAAAGCCAUCGCCACCAGCCUGCACGAGAUCUGCUCCCGGAUAAUGACAGAACGAAAGAAUGCCAAAGCGAUGGCGGGCUCUCUCCAGGACAGAAUGCAGGCCGGACUAGAUCUCCCUUUACAAGCAGAAUUCCCCACACCAAAGACGGAGCUGGUUCAGAAGUUUCAGGUGCUCUACCUCGGGAUGCUGCCCGUGGCCAGGCCAAUAGGAAUGGACAUACUGAACGGAGCUAUAGACAGUCUAAUCGGCUCGUCCAACAGAGAGGACUGGACCCCAGUGGCCCUCAACGUGGCAGAUGCCACUGUCACUAUCAGCAAAGAGGAGGACGAAGAGGAGGUGCUGGUGGAAUGUCGCGUUCGGUUCCUGUCUUUCAUGGGUGUCGGGCGGAACGUGCACACGUUCGCCUUCGUCAUGGACGCUGGCGGCCAUCGCUUUGACUGUCAUGUCUUCUGGUGUGAGCCCAACGCUGGGAAUGUGUCGGAGGCUGUUCAGGCGGCUUGUAUGCUGCGAUAUCAGAAGUGUUUGGUGGCUCGCCCCCCCUCCCAGAAGGCCUGCGGCUCGUCGCCCCCAGGUGACUCGGUGUCCCGUCGGGUGUCAACCAGUGUGAAGAGAGGCGUCCUGUCUCUCAUUGACACCCUAAAACAAAAGAGACCCGUCACCGAGUUGCCGCAGUAACCCGUGGUUAAGCCUCCCCCUCUGCCACAACCCCAAGUCGCCAUGGUAACCAGUCACAUCGCCGCCAAAACCCGUCGCAACCGCAGACCCAAUAACCCUGGAAACGCAGUGAACCGGGGGGUUUUUGGGGAAACACCUGUCCCAAAGUCCUUCGCUUUCUCUGAACUAAAAUCGAAUUUUGCCUCAAGCGUCUAUCGGCUCUUGGGGCUAAAUUUCAUAUAUGUUUCCGCUAAAUACAAGAAGAAUAAAGACUCUAAUCCCACAUCAAGAAGGAACCAUCACAGAGAAACACCCGAUGUGGCGAUCGUGUACAUAGAAGUGACUCAUCCCCCUCAGCGCAAAGAAGGAGUGAGGACACGAGAGAGCAAAAACUGAAGAGGAAGUAGGAAGUGCUUCUUCCGGCACAGCGCGCGUGAUGAGCUGCCCAAACUGCUGGUCUCUCCAUGCUUUAAUUGUAUUUGUGUCUGUGCUGCCAGCAUGACCUUGCACACCUGGCCACACCCCCAUGUCAUUACCUGGUUGUCCUGUUAGUCUGUUGUGGCUUUUCCCCGCCUCUGCCCCCUCUUUCUCAUUGUCCCGUGUGGACUGUAACGUGAAGUGAAAAAGAAAGCCAUCAAGUCUGAUUUUCAAAUUAGUGUGUAAUGAGUGAGAGAAGGAAGCUGCCUCAGACUAAAAAGAUUGGGUCAUCAUUAUACACACUCUUACCUGAUCCUGCAUGAACUUUUUAUAUCAAAGUGAACCAUUCUAGACGAUAUCAAUACACUGCUGCUGCUUACAGGAGGGUGAGAAGACGAAGCCAGGUUGUUUUUUUCCUUUUUCUCUGUUUUUCGUCAGCUGUGCAAGAGUCGGCAUGGAGGGUCUAAACGAGCGGUGUCCUUUCACCUGAAACAUCCUUCGUACACUUCCUGAUUACUUGUCGUUUUUUGUUCUUUUGUCAACCCUUUGGAAAAAUGACAGACGAUAGCCAUAGUGGAGAAGCAGACACAGGGGUGGACAGAUUAUUUCUUUGAAUGCCGCCUCAGUAUCUAUCAGUCCAUAGAGACUUUAAAUCCACUUAUAAAAACAGGAGAAAGGCUGGAGGAAUCAUUUGUAGAAGACGGAUGGUGGAAUGUGUUUUUGUACCGGAGGAGGUGAGAAGGAGAACAGACCUUUGGAUUCAGCUGUUUUUCGAGAGAAUAGCCGAACAGAGAGACGUGUUGACUCAAACCAACGUGUCUCCUGGGCUGCCAUCUGUGUGUCCAGGGUUCUGUCCCCCGGUUUUUUUUCCCAUUGUCUACAUCCUUACUGUACCACUAUUUUCAUCAGUGUCACUAGAUCACUUUUGGUCUGUUUUCUGUAGUUUUUCCUCUCACCAAUCUCAAUUCAACACUGCUAGCGCCUCAUUAUCACGGAUCUGACAAGCUUGGAUGUAUGGUAUUAACUCAUGAAGUCUAUGAAGUUUAUUGCAACUUAAACCAUAAACAUAUUUUUACCCCGCGCAGUUCUUUUGGAUGUAAGGCAGAAGAUUAAUACCAAGCCAGUACAAAUGAUUAGGAGCUAAACCCCCUCCACUGAACAAGGCCUUGCCAGUCUGUCGAGCUUUAGAAUUUGCUCCAAAUGUUGAAGCCGUGUAUCAGGGCUGUAGGAAGUUAAAUCUCUUUUUAAAUUGCCUUUGUAAAACCAAUAACAUGUUCAAAAAGUUGUCUGCUCUAAUGUAAGCUGCAAUUGUUAGCAUGUCAGGCUAACUAGCUUACUAUAGCUAGUUAAAGACAACUAUCUUUUGUGGGUUUACAGGCUACGUAAAGGGAAAAAAUAGGCAUAUUCUUUAUCCUUUAUAAGAGUUUAGGUUGACGUUGGCACCUCUGGAUUUGAGGAAGUCUACACCCCAGCAAGGAGCACCAACACACGGCUAGUCCAGCUUCGUAAAAGCCUGUACCUCUGUCUUGGUUGUCCAUGUAUGAUAGCUAAGCAGCCAAACAGGGCUAUGUUAAAAUGAAAAAGCACUAAAAUUACUAAUACUCGGACUAGCUAGCUCUACUCUGCUACACAAGAACACAGUUUCUUUAUUUCCAUUUCCUCUAAAUGGAUCAACUGCUGAAGAAACAACAUUUUUGAAUGCAACGUGUAGCUUUAACCUCAGUCUUUUAGCAUUAUGUCGUGCAUGCAGCCUUCAAGUGAGUGUUUUCAACCAACUCCUGGAUCUAUCGUUAGCUAGCUAGCGAAUUGAUGAAAUCUGCUAGCGAUGGUUGUCUCAUUUUAGCCGCCUAAAUCGACAGUUUGCGGCUAAAAUAAAAGGCUGCUUUUGUCUACUUCUGUGAGAAAUAUAAAAAUACAUAUUUUUAUUUAGUGAUUAAACCUCCAUCUUUAUUUUUAAACUUUAUGUGAUAAAGUAAAGCUUGACAGUCGUAGCAACAGAAUCUAAAGGGGGCUCGGCUAACGUUCACGUUACUGCAGGUGCGUUGCCUUGUCUGAUCAGAUGACCUGUAGUGUAGUGAACCAGGAGUGUAAUUGAGAUUCUGAGAAAAUCCAGCCGCAUCACCUUCUUUUGUCACAAGGAUGUUGAAAUGUGAAUGAGAUGACAAAACGUGCGUGUACAUAACUUCAAAUUUAAUGUAACAUUUGGCAUUAAUCAUUGUUAUAAGCUAUCUUAAAUGUCUGUAGUUAUUUUUCUUGUAAUGAAAUGCCUUCUUUUUGAGAACUCACCAAAUGGCCAAAGUGUAAAAUAGUGAUAUAUACAUUGUUGUAGAUAAGAAAAAAUGCGAGAGCAAAUAAUGAAACAAGGAGAGGUGAUUGGAAAUUUUCACAGUUGUCAAUUUCCGUUUUAUGCUGAAUUUAACUGAGCAAUUAUCUAUGCAUUCUUUUGAUCUUGAGAAAAAUGAAAGUCGUGAAAAGCCUUGCAUGCCCUUGGACGGUUGAAAGAACGACUGUAUGUACUGAACAGAAAUAUUUUUUAUUUUAUUUAUUCUAUUUUAUAAAGGUAUAUACUGAUUUUAUUAGUUGGGGCAAGUAAAGUCUCUUGACUCUGUGUCAUUGUCUCAGUCCCCGGUUUACUCACAAUGCUGCAACGAGCUCUGCUUUGCAGAAAAAAAAAGUCAGAUUAAAGAAUAUAUCUUCACCUUGUACAGUGUACUGAGAGCUGGGAGUCCACUGUUGGUCUCAACAGUUAAACAGGAGUCAAGAGGAAGAGAUGGAGGAUGACGAUGGUGGUGGUAACAAUAGUGGACUCCCGGCAUCUCUGUCAACCUCACACACAUAAACGACAACAAACGCACACCUUUCCCACUGAUGGAUGUGUCGGCUUCCGUUUGCUGCUCACCGAUUUGUACACUUUGUCAAUGUAAUCAAUUGUGAGAAUAAACAGCAUUUAAAAACCGAA